UUCACUUCGCCCUCCAGCCGCGGCAGCUGCAGCGCGGCUUUGCGCGAGUCGAGUGGCCUGAGCUGCUAGCGGAGCAGCGCGGCGGCUGCCCUCGGGGCAUCACCAGGACACUCCUCCCUGUCUCGCCAUGGCGACCUACGGGCAGAGCUGCGAGCGGCCAAUGUGCAUCCCUCCAUCAUAUGCCGACCUUGGCAAAGCUGCCAGAGAUAUUUUCAACAAAGGAUUUGGUUUUGGGUUGGUGAAACUGGAUGUGAAAACAAAGUCUUGCAGUGGUGUGGAAUUCUCAACAUCUGGUUCAUCUAACACAGACACUGGUAAAGUUACUGGAACUUUGGAGACCAAAUAUAAAUGGUGUGAGUAUGGUCUGACUUUCACAGAAAAAUGGAACACUGAUAACACUCUUGGGACAGAAAUCGCAAUUGAAGACCAGAUUUGCCAAGGUUUAAAGUUGACAUUUGAUACUACCUUCUCACCAAACACAGGAAAGAAAAGUGGUAAAAUCAAGUCUUCCUACAAGAGGGAGUGUAUAAACCUUGGCUGUGAUGUUGACUUUGAUUUUGCUGGACCUGCAAUCCAUGGUUCAGCUGUCUUUGGCUAUGAGGGCUGGCUUGCUGGUUAUCAGAUGACCUUUGACAGUGCCAAGUCAAAGCUGACAAGGAAUAACUUUGCAGUGGGCUACAGGACUGGGGACUUCCAGCUACACACUAAUGUCAAUGAUGGGACAGAAUUUGGAGGAUCAAUUUAUCAAAAAGUCUGUGAAGAUCUUGACACGUCAGUAAACUUGGCUUGGACAUCAGGUACCAACUGUACUCGUUUUGGCAUUGCUGCUAAAUAUCAGUUGGAUCCCACGGCUUCCAUUUCUGCAAAAGUCAACAACUCUAGUUUAAUUGGAGUCGGCUACACUCAGACUCUGAGGCCUGGUGUGAAGCUUACACUGUCUGCUCUGGUGGACGGGAAGAGCAUUAAUGCUGGAGGCCACAAACUUGGGCUUGCCUUGGAGUUGGAGGCUUAACCAGCUGAAGAGACCUCUGGGAAUGGGUAUCAGAAGAUUUGGCCUUAAUAUAUUUCCAUUGUGACCAGCAGGCUUCCCCCCACCACCCAACCCCACGUCGCCCCACCCAAAGGUGAUCAAAAAACAAAAGAUGAUUUAAAAGCUGUAUUUUAAACAUUUGGACCGUUACUUGUUAGCUGGUUUCUAGUUCAAUUGGUUAUCUAGUUACCAAUGCUGCGGUCAUGCAGUCACCUAUACAUAAUUUAAAUGUCUUUAACUGUUAAAUGUGCUCUCCACCAAUAAUGAAAUAGACCUUUAUGAAAACUGUGCAGCUGUGUGCAUGUUUGUUUUAUGUUCCUUUUGGCAUUUGAUACUGCUUUUGAAUGGAUGGAUCAGUGGAUGUUUUAAGAAGAGGUUAAAUUUUUUGUGUGUGUUAAAUUCGACAUUAGAAAUACUUUUGGUAUCCCAGAACAUUUACAAAUUAUGAAUAAAACAAGUGUACAUAAUUAUGACUCCAAAUAUUUGCCAAGUUAAACAUUUGAUCUAGCUAGGAUCAAAUCUCCCUGGUAUCUAGUUAAUACUCAUUUUCUGUUGAGCAUUUUGCUCUUUACAUAAUGUCUGUGCCAGUCAGUCUAUGUCCCUAGGGAAAUCCCAUGAGCUUUUUAGUUGAAAAUAAAAGAGGAUAUAUGCCUUUACAUUCAA